AUGAGCACACGAAGAGAUUAUAGAGGAUACGGAGUAUUAACUAAGUAUGAAGAGGUGCAGGAGGAGGAGCCUUAUGCUCCAAUGAUGGGGAAGGCAAAAUUAAGCAGAAACAGAACAGUUCCAGCUGCUGCUAAAUUCUUUAGCUCUUCAUCCAAGAAGGUUACAUCCGAGGACAAUUUCCGGGCGAAUGCUCAGUUAAAGGAAGCGAAAAAAGCGAGCAAGAUUCAUCCAAUAUUCAGUCUAUUCGAAACGAAGAGGAAGAAGAAGGCAACUGCUAGGCCUGAAUUCUCGAGGUACAUUCGGUAUGUUAGAGAGGGAGGCUUUGGUGAUGUGUUGCAGACCACUUCCUCCAAACCGAACAGUAUGGCUGCAGUAAUGUGA